GGCCCGAUAGCCGUUUGCCUGAGCGGACGGUGAACGUCGGACUGCAUCAGAGCCUGUCGGUCAUGAGGAGUAGGCGAGUUGCCGCCUAACCGUUACUUACAUUGUAUUCCUUGUCAAGGGAUUUCAACAAUUUUUCGGUUGUUCGUUAAAUUAUAAACAUCUUAUUGUACAAUGGCGGAGGCUAUUGAACCUGUCGAAAAUAUUGAAAAUGUAUCAGAAGAAAAUGAACAGAAUCAUUUGAAUGUAGAAGAUGAUUCUAUCUUGUUCAAUAACACAUUUGAUAGAACUUUGUCAACAUCACAUUCAUAUUUAGGUGACAAUCUAGAAGUGCUGAGAGGUAGGACACUACUAGAUAAUGGGAUAUAUGUUAAUUUACCUUUGUGGCCACCAGAAUCAACAUGGUUGAUACUUUUCCCUGGAGAAACUUUGCCAAUAGUUGAACGUAAUGUUAAAGUUAUUAAAAUGUUACGACAAACUGUUGAAAAAGAUCGGACUUUUGGGGUUGCUAGCAUACGUACUGUAAAUAGUGUAGGUACAACAGCUGAAAUAUAUGAAUACAGUGAAAAUGAUACAGUUCAUGGAUUGACUGAAAUUCGUGUGAAGGCAAAAGGUAGACAACGUUUUAAAAUCAUACGGAUAAAAAAUACAAGUGAAAUGGGAAUAGCUGUUGCGGAUGUACAAAUACUUCCUGAAAUAGAACUUGGACCACCUUUUUUUCAAGAACGAUUAGCUUCUUUAGAUCGAUUACGAAUUCCGCCAGUAGAUGAAAAAGCUAUUUACAAACGUAAUAGCAUAAUAAAAAAAGAAGCUAUCGUAACUCCUUGGCCAUCGUGGGUUUAUGAUCAAUACGAUACCAAAAUACUGUCAAAAAAGAUUCACGAAUAUUUAGAUUUUUUACAAUCACGAGGUAGCAAUAUCCCAAGUGAUCCAACUGAUCUCUCCUUUUGGGUGGUACAAAAUUUAGUUAUUACUCCAAAAACAGCACUUUCUCUUUUGGAAAUGAAUUGUGUUAUUCAAAGAUUACAACGAGAAGUAAAACUAUUAGCGAGAUUGACAAAUAAUUACUUUAUCUGCAAACAAUGUCGAAUUAAAAUUGCAAAACAAACUGAUGUACUUCAAAUGAAUGAAGAAGGACUUCAAAGUGCUUAUUGUAAUGCUGCUGGAAUAGUACAUGAAACUAUAACCUUAUAUAAAGCACAAUCAUUAGUUCUUAAUCGUGAACCACCAUCUACAAACUACAGUUGGUUCCCAGGAUACGCAUGGACUAUUGCCAGUUGUAGUCAUUGUGGUUCCCAUAUGGGUUGGAAAUUUACCGCAACAAAAAGUGAUUUAAAACCUCCUUCAUUUUGGGGAUUAACACGUAUGGCUUUGCUGUGGAGUGGUAGGAAAAAUCAGUAUUACGACGGAUGGAAUACAGAUGAAGAAGGAAAUGAUGAUGAUGAUGAUGAUGAUGAUGAUGAUGAUGAUGACGAAGAUGACAUGGGAGAAUCAGAAGCGGUAUCAGAAUCAGAAAAUUUAAAUUUUUUCCGAUGAAUGAAAUCAGCUACUGAUUGAAUGUAUCAAUUAUCAUCAAUGUGUAUGGAAUAUUAUAAUG